AUGUCUGCCCUCAGGACUCUCACCGCCCCCCUCCUCCACCAAUACGCAUCGACCGCUGCAGCUGCCCGUCCAACGGUAGCCACCGCCGCCCGCUCCUUCCCCCGCCCCAUCGCCGCGAAACUCGUCCAACGCCGCACCAUGGCCUCGCAGAUUCCCAAGAUCAAAGUCAAGAACCCCGUCGUGGAGCUCGACGGGGAUGAGAUGACCCGCAUCAUCUGGCAGGACAUCAAGGAUAAAUUCAUCCAUCCAUAUUUGGACAUUGACCUCAAGUACUACGACCUGGGCCUGCCGAAGCGCGAUGAGACGGACGACCAGAUCACCAUUGACGCCGCCGAGGCGAUCAAGAAGUACAGCGUGGGCGUCAAGUGCGCGACCAUCACGCCGGAUGAGGCGCGCGUGGAGGAGUUCAAGCUGAAGAAGAUGUGGUUGAGUCCGAACGGCACGAUCAGGAAUAUUCUGGGGGGAACUGUGUUCAGAGAGCCGAUUGUGAUUCCGAGAAUACCCAGAUUGGUGCCGGGAUGGCAGAAGCCGAUUGUGAUCGGUCGUCAUGCGCAUGGUGACCAGUACCGUGCGAAGGACCAGGUUAUUGAGGGACCUGGCAAGCUUGAGAUGACUUUCACCCCCAAGGGUGGCAAGCCGCAGAGUAUUGAGGUGUUCAACUUCACCGACAAGCACCAGGGUGGUGUUGCUCUCUCGAUGUACAACACGACCGAGAGCAUUGCUGGUUUCGCUCAUGCUUCGUUCAAGCAUGCUCUUUCUCUUAACUACCCCAUGUACAUGACGACCAAGAACACCAUCUUGAAGAAGUACGAUGGCAAGUUCAAGGAUAUCUUCCAGGAGAUUUACGAGAAGGAUUAUCGCAAGGAAUUUGAGUCCAAGGGGCUUUGGUACGAGCAUCGUCUCAUCGACGACAUGGUCGCGCAGAUGAUCAAGAAUGAGGGCGGCAUGCUUAUUGCGAUGAAGAACUACGACGGUGAUGUCCAAUCCGACAUUGUCGCCCAGGGCUUCGGCUCGCUGGGUCUCAUGACUUCCGUCCUGGUCACUCCAGACGGCAAGACCUUCGAAUCCGAAGCAGCCCACGGCACCGUGACACGCCACUACCGCGAGCACCAAAAGGGCAACCCAACGUCCACGAACCCCAUCGCAUCCAUCUUCGCCUGGACCCGAGGUCUCGCCCGGCGUGGUGAGCUCGACGGAACCCCUGAACUCGUCAAGUUCGCAGAAAGUCUCGAAGAGGCCUGUGUCCACGUCGUCAACGACCAGGGCAUCAUGACCAAGGACUUGGCAAUUAGCUGUGGGAAGAAGAACGACUACGUCACCACGACCGAGUACCUGGAGGCGGUUGAGAAGCGCAUGAGGGCGGUCCUCAGCUCGAAGUUGUAG